AUGGACAUGAUUGUACCUCUCCUAGAUAAGGGAGCUGAUGCUAGGCUUUCUCUCCACCGGCUGUGUGCAGCCAGUUGGCUGGACCGGGUCGGUCUGCCAAUGAUCGACGGACCGCUAGAGUUAUCGAUCGAUAUCAACGACCGGGAUAGCAAUGGCUGUACUGCUAUGCACUACCUCGUCAGACAUUUGAAUCAACCGGAUGUGGCUCACCAUCCGAUUAGCUGGGGAGAGGAUAUCGACUUUGCCAACCAUGUAAAAGGCACUCCUCUGCAGGAGGUAAUAAAAAGGACUAUGCUUCGACAGUAUAAUAGAACCCGGAAAUCGGAUUCCGCACAGCUUUGUAGUGCUCUCUUACGAGCGCAGGAACAAUGGAUUAGAGUCCUCGUGGAGGCCGAAGGCUCAGUGGAGCAGCCGAAUGCUUCGGGACAGAUCCCGGCGCAGCUACUCAGCGAGCUCACCACGGAAGAUCAGCGCAGGCGGCAGACGGCAGUCAGAGAAACUUAUGGGGUGCAGGAAGCAUGA